CACCUCAUCGUCGAUUCUCCUGCUCAAUUUCUGUCACCAAAGUCGCUCUUUCUCUGUCAUCGUAGUCGCUUGUAUCGCUUUUUUGACCAAACAUCAGCGGCGCUUCGAGAAGUACUUGGGCCUCCGUUGUUGGCACUACCAUCACCAUUUUUCUGCUACUACGAGUUCGCCUAUCUUCAAACAACCCGAGAUCACAAUGGCUCCUGCGAAAAAGAUGAGCCGUUUACCACCACCAGAGAGGGCAGUAAUUGAACGAUACUCACCCCCGACCGAUACACCUACACCUACUCCUGAAGGUGUUGCAGCAGAUGGAUCUUAGACUAUUGCACCAUCUCCGUCUAAACAAGCUGCAUUGUUAGGAUCUGAGACUGUUGCACCAUCUUCGUCUGAAACUAAUGCACCAGUUGGAUUUGAGACUUGUGAAGCAUCUCCGUCUGAAACAAAUGCACCAUCUCUUCAAAGUCAACCGAGUGGCGUAGAUAAUUAAAUAUGUUUCAUCUGUCUUCAAUUUAUAUAUUGUUAAUAUUUUGUAAUUUGUAAAUACACUAAUAAUAUUAUUAAUUACCAGGUGCAUCUUCAUUAAGGUGUGUGCGGGGACCAACAGUUGGAAAAGCAAUAGCAAAAAAAGUUGCCAACAAUAAUGGAAACAUGCUGUACAUUCCAAUCACGGAGAUAUUCAAUGCAUUCGAAGGUGUGCUAGUAACCCCAGGAUCGAAUGAGAUCGGCCUUUAGAUUAGGAGGAUGUGCCCUAUUCAAGGCGUUAAACAGUUGGACUAUUGUUGAUCCGGCGACAAAAGGGGCUGUUGUACAAGCUGUCUGGGAUAAAUUUGAGAUUGAGGAUAAUUACGAGGAGAAUUCAUUAUCCCAUCAAGUUGUGGAAAAAAAGUGUUAUGUGUUACAUAAAGAUUGGAAGUGCAGAAUGAAGAAGAAAUGGGAGAAGCUUGUGGAUGCGGGAAUUGAUCCCUAUGCUCAUCCAUGCAAAGGAGUACAAUCCGAUGAUUGGAAGUAUUUGAUUGACCAAGUAUGGUUGGAUCCUAAAAACAAGCGUCGCUACGAUGCCGGCAAACUAAAUAGGAGCAAGCUACCCUACAAUCAUAGUAGUGGGUCGCGAUCUUUUCCGGCGGCGAUGAGCAUUGCGGUGAAGGAAAACGGUGGCUUGUUGCCAGAUAUUUGCAAUUUCUACAAGGACACUCAUCAGAACAAGAAGACAAAAGAAUGGAUUGAUCCUAUAUGCUGUGAUUUACAUGAGCAAAUGACAAUGGUGCGGGAUGAGUCUAUUGAGUCUGGAACACCGAUGACACAAGAGGAUAUAUCAAGAGUGGUGCUGGGGAAGAAGAAGGGAUACUUGAGAGGUUUUGGGGUCGGACCAAAGCCCUCGUCUUGUGAUGUUGGGUCGAAUGUGGCAUCACAAGCACGUGAGGAGCACUUGAAAAGGCUUACAUCCGAGUUGGAGAUACUGCGUGCGGAGCAGCAGAGUGACCGUGAGGAGCAGAAAAAAAAGGAAGAGGAGCAGCAAAAAAAGGAAGAGGAGCAACAAAUGAAAGAGGCAGAGAAUGCAAGACAACGUGAGGAGAUGCAGAUGCAGAUUUUUGGACUUCAGAGCACGUUGGCGCAAGUUUUGGAAAAGCUCAAUCCAUCAAAGUCCCCACCAUAGCUACUUAUGGUAAUGGGUAAGUGUGUUAACCAAAUUGCAUUAUAUUUAUGUUCAAAGUCAAGGCAAAUAAACGUGUUAUGAGAAUAUUAGAGAACAAAUUGUGAGGCAAAAAGGGGAAAACAACCCAUUCG